AUGAGACGCGCAUCCAAUUGCAUGGCCAGUCUCCUCCUCCUGUCCGCUGCUUUACUUCCCGCCACUCUAGAGGGAGCCGUCUGCAAAUCCGAAUACAAGAAUGCUCCGGGAGGGCUGGUGCACACCGCCUGCAAGCCACCAAACCGAAGAUGUAAAAUCACCAGCAGUGGACUCUCCAGCAGCAAGAAGACAGAGUUUCUCAAGGCGCACAACGACUAUCGCAUGAAGGUGGCCAAGGGGGAUCUUCCCAAUUUUCCUAAAGCGGCUGACAUGCAGAAACUGAUAUGGGACGACGAGCUGGCCGAGGUUGCCCAAGCGCUCGCCGAUCAGUGCACUGUAUCAAACGGGGGAAUAAAGCACGACAAGUAUGACGAGAGGUUCACCGUAAAGUUUAAACAAGUCGGACAGAACUUGGGCUGGGCUGCGGCUUCGUUCGAUGAUCCUGACGUGGACGUGAUAGGUCAAGUGACUCGAUGGUUCAACGAAUACCAGUAUUUUAAUCCGGCCGGGAUCCAUAGCUUAAGGCAUCAGUCGGGACCGGCGGUGGGACACUUCACACAGGUCAUUUGGGCGGCCACUGAAGCCGUUGGCUGCGGCAUGGCCCGGUACACCUUACAAAAUGAUAGAAGCGGAACACCCUACCAAAAACUGUACGUCUGCAAUUACGGCCCAGGUGGAAACGUGGCGAGAAGGCCGAUCUAUGAAGCCGGCGAACCCUGCAGCAAGUGCCCUCAGGAGACCACCUGUCAACGGGAAAUGGGACUCUGUGCAUCGCCGCACGACUCAGGCGGAUUCGGCGCAUCCUCCGCCAGCUGCCUCGCGCUCAUAACUGUUGCGUUAAUGGUGGUUGCGUUGCCAGGCGCUGGGUAA